AUCCAGCGGCCCAUAAUGAAUCCCAAAUUCCAGCCGAAAAACAUCGAAUUGACUAUAAAAUCACAAAACCCUAAACCCUAUUCUCUCUCUUUCUCUCCUGCAAGCUCAAGCCCACUUUCACUGCCACAUUCUUCGCUUGCAGCUACAGCAGGAGAUCACUCAUCCCCUUAUUAUACAUACGACCUCUGUAUCUAUCACCAUGCCUUCUUUUCCUCUCUCCGAAAAUCUCUCCCCCGAGAAAAAAGAGAAGAAGAUGAAGAAACUAAAGGAAUCAGUUAAUCUCGACUCUUCGAUCGAGAAGAAGGUCAAGAAGGAGAAAAAGAAGAGAGCUUUAUCUGAUUCCGACGACUUUACGGCGAUUGAUUCGGAGAAGAAGAGUAAGAAGAAGGAGAAGAAGCGAAAGUUAUCGGAAGACGAAGACGAGAGGAGCGAGACGAGCUCGGAGCGCGGCGAGCCGGUGAAUUUGAAGGAGAAGAAGAGUAAGAAGGCUAAGUUGAUGGAGGAAGCGGAGGAAGAGGAGGAGAAUCCGAAUGCGGUGUCGAAUUUCAGGAUUUCGGAGCCGUUGAGGAAUAAGUUGAAGUCUAAGGGGAUUGAGGCGUUGUUUCCGAUACAGGCGAUGACGUUUAAUAUUAUUCUUGAGGGUUCUGAUUUGGUUGGGAGGGCUCGGACUGGUCAGGGUAAAACCUUAGCAUUUGUGUUACCCAUAUUAGAGUCCUUGACAAAUGGAGCAUUUAAAGGAUCACGAAAGACUGGUUAUGGGAGGGCACCAAGUGUUCUUGUGCUAUUGCCUACCAGGGAGCUGGCAACACAGGUGGCUGCGGAUUUUGAAACCUAUGGAGGGUCUUUGGGGUUGAAUUCAUGCUGUUUGUAUGGGGGUGCUCCCUACCAGCCUCAGCAUACGCAGCUGAUUAGAGGGGUUGAUAUAGUUGUGGGAACGCCGGGUCGUAUCAAGGAUCACUUAGAAAGAGGAAAUCUUGAUUUUAGCUCUUUGAAGUUCCGUGUUCUUGAUGAAGCUGAUGAAAUGCUUAAGAUGGGUUUUGUUGAUGAUGUUGAACUUAUAUUAGGUAAAGUAGAAGAUGCAAGCAAAGUUCAAACUCUAUUAUUCAGCGCAACCUUGCCUAUUUGGGUGAAGCAGAUUGCUGCCAGGUUUCUGAAGCCAGAUAAGAAAACCGCCGAUCUUGUUGGUAAUGAGAGAAUGAAGGCUAGUACAAAUGUCAGACAUAUUGUUAUUCCCUGCUCUAGUUCGGCAAGAGCACAGCUCAUUCCAGAUAUUAUUCGCUGUUAUAGCAGUGGAGGACGUUCAAUAAUUUUUACCGAGACCAAAGAUUCUGCUUCUCAGUUAGCUGGUAUAUUGCCUGGAGCACGUGCUUUGCAUGGGGAUAUACAACAGGCCACACGCGAGGUUACACUUUCUGGAUUUAGAUCAGGCAAAUUUAUGACGUUGGUGGCAACAAAUGUGGCAGCACGGGGACUCGAUAUCAAUGACGUGCAGUUGAUCAUUCAGUGUGAACCUCCACGUGAUGUAGAAGCAUAUAUUCAUCGAUCUGGACGGACAGGGAGAGCAGGAAAAUCUGGUGUUGCUGUUAUGCUUUAUGAUCCAAGAAGGUCAAACUUUUCUAGGAUAGAGAGAGAAUCCGGUGUAAAGUUCGAACAUAUGGCUGCUCCUCAGCCAGCUGAUAUUGCUAAAGCUGCUGGCUUAGAAGCUGUAGAAACAAUCAAUGAAAUUUCUGAUAAUGUAAUUCCGAUCUUUAAGUCUGCCGCCGAGGAGCUAAUGAGUACUUCUGGACUGACACCAGUAGAACUGCUGGCAAAGGCACUUGCCAAAACCACUGGAUAUACUGAGAUUAAGAGUAGGUCACUCCUUACUUCUAUGGAGAACUUCACCACAUUACUUCUUGAGGCUGGAAGACCCAUUUACACGCCAUCUGUUGCUUUUAGUAUCUUGAGGAGGUUUUUACCAGAAGAGAAAGUUGAAACUGUCAAGGGUCUUGCUCUUACAGCUGAUGGGAGGGGAGCUGUAUUUGAUGUGUCUGCAGCAGAUUUGGAUACAUUUCUUUCUGGUCAGGAAAAUGCAGCUGGUGUGAGUUUAACGGUGGUAACAGAAUUGCCAGAGUUGCAAGAGAAGGAGCAAUCCAGAGGGGGAAGAUUUGGAGGUGGUGGUCGUGGUGGUAGGUUUUCUGGGGGAAGAGGUGGUGGGUUUAAUGAUCGAAGAAAUGACAGAUUUUCAGGAGGGAGAGGUGGUGGUAGAAACAGAUGGUGAAGAUAUAUGUUCUAGUCGGACAAAUACCAGGGUUAUGGUUAAAGUUAGUCAUGCAGUAGGGGCAUACAAUUUUUUGAUAAUGAUGAAAUUUAUUGCAAGCAAUUUCUCAGAGACAGAAUACUUCUUAAUAAACUUGUUUUCUAUUUUUAAGUUGUGAGCAAUUUUGAACCUAAAUACUAAAGAGAGCUCUAUCUCUGUUUUAUGUUA